AUGAGGAGGGACAACCUGACCUGGGAAAGUGAGUUUGUCCUCCUGGGGCUCUCCAGUGACAGGCAGACCCAGGCUGGACUCUUUGUCCUGUUUGCGGCCGCCUAUCUGCUGACCCUGCUGAGCAACAGGCUCAUCAUCCUCCUGAUUGGGCUGGACGCGCGGCUGCACCUGCCCAUGUACUUCUUCCUCUGCAACCUCUCAGUGGUGGACAUCUGCUACACCUCUAGUGGGGUCCCCCAGAUGCUGGUGCAGUUCCUCCUGGAGAAGAAGACCAUCUCCUUCACCCGAUGUGGGACUCAGCUCUUCUUCUCACUGGCCCUGGGGGGUACCGAGUUCCUGCUGCUGGCUGCUAUGGCCUAUGGCCACUACGUGGCUGUCUGUGCCCCCCUGUGCUCCGUAGCAGUGGUCUCUUGGCUUAUAGGCCUAGUGAGUUCCGUGGUGGAGACAGUGGUCAUGAUGUACCUGCCCACCCGUGGGUACAUGUGCUGA